AUGGAAAAAAUCAACAGUCUUUCAACACAAUUAUUUAAGUGCUGCUUUUGUGAUUUCUUGAAGGUGAAGAUGCACACUGUGUCCUACGUUCAUCUCUUCUACUUUGGCCUCUGUUUGCUUACGUUAACCUGUUCCUCUGCAGCUGCUGGCCAUGAGACGCUUUGUGGAGCUGAGCUGGUUGAUGCUCUUCAGUUUGUGUGUGGAGAAAGAGGUUUUUAUUUCAGUAAACCAGCAGGGUAUGGAAGCAAUAGACGUGUAAACCCCACCAAAGGAAUAGUGGAUGAAUGCUGUUUCCAGAGCUGUGACCUGAAGCGCCUGGAGAUGUACUGUGCACCUGCCAAACCACCGAAAUCAGCACGGUCUGUACGUGCUCAGCGCCAUACUGAUAUGCCUAAAGCACAAAAGCCUAUCUACUUAAAGAACUUUAGAAGAUUUAGUAGAGGAAGUAACCAAAUUAAGGAAUGGAAGUGUUUGAACUGUGAUAUUAUGUUUUGA